GGAUCUAAUUGUCACUUCACUCUAAUUUUUAAUAGUUGAUUCAUAGAUGUGAUUUCUGUUAUUUUUAUUGUUGUUUGAUUAAUGAAUCUGAUUAGAAUAUGACAGAGAUUGAACUUGAAAUGUUGAAAUAUUUUUGUUGUUAAUUUUAUUGUUGAAUUGGUUUAUGAAUUGGGUUUGCUGACUAUGAAUAUGCAGUGAUUUUGUUGAAUGUUGAAUUGGUUUAUGAAUUGAUUUUGCUGAUUAUGAAUAUGAAGUGGUUUUGUUCAUUGUUGAUUGUUGCUGCUGUAAUGAUGUUGAAUUUUUUUAGAUGCUCAGACUUUGAAAUUACUCGCUUGGGACCCUAGCCAAGUUCUUGCACCUGUAGAAUUUUCGGAUUCUUUUUUUAUUAAAUUUUUUCUGCCUUCUUUACUGAAUUAAUCCCUACUCUCUAUGUUAGCAGCAAUGAGCGCAGCUGGUUCUGCUUGCAACAAGACCCAAUUGACUUCAGUUCAGUUCAGUUCCGUUUUCUUGUUUCUACUCAUUGCUUCAAAAGAACAAGUUCAACUUCAAAGAUGAGAAAUGAUCACCUAUCCUGUUGCUGUUACUGUUACACCAUUUAUGAAUCGUUUCUCGAAUUUCUCAAUUCUUUCCUUCUGGAACUCCAAUAUAAGAGAAGCUGUGAAUGGAGGCCAUGCACAAAAAGCCCUACUUCUUUUCCGCCAAAUGAAGCAAACUGGGGUUACACCCAACGGUUCUACCUUUCCUUUUGUUGCAAAAGCCUGUGCCAGAAUUUCCUGUCUCUGGAACUCCCAAAUGAUCCAUGCACAUAUUGCCAAAUCCUGCUUUCAGUCCAAUGUUUUUGUGCAAACCGCAAUGGUUGAUAUGUACAUGAAAUGUGGUCAUUUGGAAGAUGCACACCAUGUGUUUGUUGGAAUGCCCACUAGGGAUAUUGCUUCUUGGAAUGCAAUGCUUGCAGGUUUUUCUCACAGGAGUUUUGUUGACAGGUUUUUCUGUCUACUGCGUGAGAUGAGGUAUAGUGGGAUGCAUCCUGAUUCGGUCACUGUCUUGCUCUUGAUUCAGUCUGUUUUGGAAUUGAAAAACCCAAAUUUUGUGAAUGCAGUGCAUUGUUUUGCGAUUCGAAUUGGAGUUCAUAUCGAUGUUUCUGUGGCUAACACUUUGAUUGCUGUGUAUGCUAAAUGUGGUGACUUGUGCUCAGCAGAGAUAGUAUUUGAUGAAAUUGGCAGUGAUGUUAGGUCUGUUAUCUCAUGGAAUUCUAUGAUUGCAGCAUAUGCGAAUUUUGAAAAGUAUGACAAGGCUGUUGACUGUUAUACAGGGAUGCUUGAUUGUGGGCUUUUGCCUGAUAUUAGUACAAUCCUCAAUUUGCUUUCAGCAUGUGUGCAACCCAAAGCACUAUUUCAAGGUCUGCUAAUUCAUUCUCAUGGGAUUCAGUUAGGUUGUGAUGCUGAUUUGUGUGUGGUGAAUACUCUUAUUUCUAUGUAUUCCAAGUGUGGGGAUGUUCAUUCUGCAAGAUUAUUGUUUGAUGGCAUGUCUAUCAGAACUUGUGUUUCAUGGACUGUAAUGAUUAGUGGGUAUGCGGAGAAAGGAUAUAUGGAUGAGGCGUUAACCUUGUUUAAUACAAUGGAAGCAACAGAUGGGAAUGAAACCAAACCACAUAACAUUUCUUGCUGUUCUCCAAGCUUGUGCUCAUGGAGGUUUACUUGAAAGAGGAUUGGAGUGCUUCAACAUGAUGACACAAAAGUAUGGUAUAA